AUGUCAGAAGUAAAAUCAAGGCCUUCUGGCCCAAGAACCAGAGGCUCAGGGCGAGCCGGCAGAGGCGGCUUCACCAGCAGAGGCCGAGGUGGAAGAAACCAGGCAGGUGGCAGCAAAGUGGAGUCGAGUACGCCAAAUUUGGAGGAUGAGGGUGAAAUUGGAGAGCUGAAGAGCAAAUUCUCCAGCCAAUUAGCCACAAUUAAGGAAAUGUUUCCUGACUGGACGGACGAGGACAUUGUCUUCGCACUGGCAGAAACAGAUGGAGAUCUGGAGGGCACAAUCAACAGAAUCACGGAGGGGAAUGUCUCGCAAUGGGGCGAAGUCAAAAAGAAGACCAAAGACCGCUCACAGUCAAAGCCCAAAGAAUCCGCCGCACCUUCGACGGAGGGACCUGUUCAGUCUACAAGAGGUGGACGCGGUCGUGGGGGAGCGGAUGUUGCUCGUGGAAGUCGUGGACGAGGCUCCGACCGUGGAAGAGCGGCUUCUCGAGGUGGCAGGGGGAGCCGUGGAUCGACGGCUCCCAGGGUCAAUGGCUUUUCCACCGACACGAAAGGCUACAACGACACUGCAGUCACCGAUAAAGCUGUUGGUGAUUGGAGCGCAGCAUCUCCAGAAACAGACCCCAAUAAUCUAGAUUCGUCCUGGGAGCACGUGACGCCUGAAUCUGCGCAACCAGCAGUGGAGGAGGAGAAGCCCGCUCCAACAAAUAGUGCACCGAAGACCUCCUCCCAAAAAGCACCACAGGCUGCGCCUAGUCAUGAUGCUCCCAUCGAGCCUCCUAUCCCAACAAUUGCGGGACCCACGGACGGUCUGCAACCCCUACCUCCCCCAAUCUCCGCAGAGCCGACAUCUGAGGUACCAAGCACUCCACCCACGUCAGAUUUGGCAACUUCAGAACAGGCCACAGAUAUCACACCUCCCAAAGAUGAUCUGACGGAGACGAAUUUAGAAAAGCUGCCGGAUAAUUCGGGGCCUACAGCUUCUGCGACCGCUGCUAGUACAGUAGCAAGCACCAUAGAUCACCGAAAUAUUAGUGGAACCCCUCUUGGGCUCGGUCACCAGUCGACGGGGCGGCCACCGCUCGGUGGCUUCGCAACUACUGCCUACAAAGCUACGGGCAUGCCUGGAAGAUCGGCUAGCUUCCAAAGAAAGAUUUUGGAGCAGCAGGAGGCAGUCGUGAUGCCUGGCAAACAUGCUGUAGAUAAGACAGCGGUACAAUUUGGGAGCAUGGGAUUGAAUGGGACACCAGAAGAUGUCGACGUUGACAGUGACAGAGAAGAUGCCGAAACAAGAGCUCAGCCACCGCAGCAUUCACCUGUAGCUCCCAGAGCUUCGCUCCCUCCAGCACCUCAGCAGCAACAACAACAACAACAACAACAAGAGCUUCCAGCACCACCUGCAGUCGAAACGCUGCCCGUUCCACGACCGGCACCUGGCCUACCACCUGUCUCACAACCCCUCCAGUCAGUCCAGCAAUCGGCUAGUGAAAGUCAGCCAUCAAUCCACCCAUUUAGUCAAUACAGCGAGCGAUACGGACAGCCUUCUACGCAGCCAGAGAACACGGCUUCUUCGCAGAAAGCUUACGAACCAUUCGGGCAGCAAUUGCAGCAAUCGCAGCCGUACGAUCCCUUCGGCAGUAAUUCAAAUCAAUCAACGGGUAUUGAGCCUCGACAAUAUGGGGCUGAAAAAUACGGAAGCAGCGCAGCAAAUAUGUCCUCGUACUAUAAUUCAGAAGAGCAGCGAAAUGCAUUCCAAAAUCACUACGGAGGAUACGGGCAACAGCCGCAGCCGGGCCAGGACUCUUCGUCGUCGCAACCAAGAACUAGCAGCGCAAUUGGUACGUCUGCUCCGGGCCAACCACCGCAACAAGCCACUGUUCAAAGUAGAUUUGGACAUUCUUCAGAACCGCAGAAUAGCGGCCAUUCCACGCCUUAUGGUACCAUGCCAUCACAGCAGCCUGCAAACCCAGCCCACAGCUCAGCACCAGGUCAACACGGAGGCUAUGGAUAUGGCGGCUAUCCCUACAACAACUAUUAUUCUUCCUACAUGGGUCAAAUGCACAAUCAGCCAUACAGUCGCGAGCGCCCAAUGUACGACGACGGCCGACGAUUUGAAGACCAGUAUUUGGCUCAAAGCCCUAGCUACAGCUACGGAGGUGGGCAGAGCGGAUAUGGAGCUAGUGGGCCAUUUAGCGGUGGUGGUGGUAAAAGCCUCUAUGCUCAACAGCAUGCAGGCUAUGGAGCUUCUCCACAAACAUCUCACGAACAGCACUCGGCGUCUCCAGCCAACGCCGGCGCAUUCGGGCAACAGCUUCCAAGUUCAGGCAGGGAAGGUGGGGGAGCUCCAGGUCUGAGCAACUACGGUGGUCGCGCAGGUUCUGCACAGCCACAAGACAACCUACACGGUAGCAAUCAGAGCAGCAUUCCUGACGUCUUUGGCCGCUCACAGUCUGGGUUUCAAGGCCAGGGGCAAUCUCUGACGAGUGGUGCAGACGAUCCGCUACGAGGCUACGGUGACUCGUCGAAGAUCCCAGGAGGCCCAAGCCCAGCACUUGGCCAAUCAGGAGGCAGGCCAGGCUCGGCAGUGAAUCCGCAGACAGGCCUACCGACCCAAGACGCCAGAUUCAGUGCCAGCGGAUAUAGCGGAUACCCAGGACACUCGCAAUACGGAGGCGGUCCUGGCGCCGGUGGACCUCAAUCGGGCCAACAAGGCGGCCAUCAAGGCUACGGCGGCUACAGCGGAGGCUACGGAGGUAAUUAUUACAACAACAGCAAUCGAGGCGGCUGGGGCGCAAAUUACGGUCAUUGA